GUGAACAAGAAUGGUUUCCACCUGCCGUAUACCGACCUUCUAACGAAGAUCAUGCUGAUACUUGUAACAUGUUAUCGGUGCAUAUCAUGAUGAACCUUGAUCGUCAUAAGAGCAACAUUUCCUUGGGGGCAUCGCGAGACCUGUCGUUAGAAGACUUUCCAAACAUUAAAGUCACCUGUUACUUUGAUUCUCUAUACAUUCAUAUAGUAAAGCUGUGCAGUAACCUGGAAAUAGCAUCUGAGCUUGAGUGGCCAAUACAGAUGACAUAUCGGCAUAGUGCCACUAUAACUAAGGACGCAAAGUCCGCUUGUUUUGACUCAUGGACAAAUCGGAAUCCAAAUAUAUAUUCUCCCUUUGGUAGUGAACGGAACCCUCACAACCUGUUGAAUUUAUCUGAGUCACUACAGAAGAUUUCACCUUCCCGCUGUGUCACAGUUGCUAUCCUGGAUACAGGGAUUCUCUGUUGCCAUGAGGAAUUCCAUGGAAAGAUUGCCGCUAUCAAGAACUUCGUGCCGAACGAAGCGAAUGACCUCUGCUAUGACUAUAAUGGUCACGGGACGAACUGUGCUUUUAUUGUGCUCCAGACCGCUCCAUUCGUACGUUUGGUGAUCUGUAAGGUGAUCAGCAGUCAAGGUCACGGUCAGCUAAAAUGGGCGGCAGACGCCGUCGAUUGGUUGUUGAAAGACGAGUCCGGCCCCAAGAACUACUGCCCAGUUGACAUUAUUUCCAUGUCUUUCGGAGGCAGCAUAUUUGACAUUGACUUAAAACGGGCGGUUUCUGAAGCAAUCUCUCAAGGCAAAGUGGUGGUUGCUGCCGCAAGUAACGAUGGGAGAAAGAAACUCACGAACAUCGCCUUUCCCGCGAGAUUUGGGGACGUGAUCUGUGUGGGAAGCUGUAACGAUUUGGGCCAGCCGUCUUCCUUCACGCCAACCGGACGUGAGAUCGACUUUCUCGCACACGGAGAAGACAUAUAUAUACGUUCUCUCAGUUCAAUGCCCAGAUCCGGAACAUCAGAAGCGACGCCACUAGUUGCUGGCAUCACAGCCAUGGCAAUUUCGUACGCAGAAACCACAGGUGGCCAAACGAUGAGAUCUACCGUCUGCCACACAACUGUCAUGCGCGAAAUUCUUCGCAAGAUGGCGUCCAUGCCUGGUCACCACGACGAGCACAUGGGGUACGGGAACCUGGACCCUUGGCGACUGUUCAAGUACGGACCAGACCACUUCCGGCAGGUGGUGGAGGAAAUCGUCGGACCACUUCCGGUCAGUCAGCAGUUUGCCGCGGCGCAGCCGCACCCACCUGGUAACAAACGGGAGCGACAACGGAGAGCUAGCGACUCAGAAGUUGAACUGCAUAGAGGAAGUGAACGCUAGUAAUGGAGUAGUCAUGGAGACUAAAGAAUUUAGUACUGUAAACCUGUGUUUUCCGAACAAUUGCAGUAAUUAGUGUCCCUCCCUCCGGACAAAGAAUGCCACGCUUACCUUUCUAGACGAAUAGAAAAGAAUUUGAGUUAAAGUUGAGUCAGAUUUGACCCCUCAACACGCCCCAAACCCUGCUGACUAUUCCAGAAUGGUUCGCUGGUGUCCUGCAGACUAACAGCUUAAUACCAGCCAACAAGCUAGCCAAUCCCUAACCAUCACCCUUUUGUGAUUACAAUCAGCAUACUUCAGCGAAGCAAUCACUACUUUACCUUGCGGACCUUGGAACUCACAUACCUGGGGUUUAGAAGGUUGGCCUACCAUGACAAAACAUACACUUUGCUCAAUGCAAAUACCAUGCCAUAUGGACACGGUAACUGCACGCAAGGUAUUAGGUGCUGCAAUGCAAUGUGAACCAGUCAGAAUUGCCCUAAGGAAGGCGACAGACGGUCACCGAAACGU